AAAAUCAAAUUUUGAUUAGUUGGUUCAAUAAUUUGUAUUCUGUGCAGCGAUACUUUUGACUCUAAAUGUGAACAGUUUCAUUGAUUGGUUUCUGGGAAAGGAGAUAAGCAAUUUCGGUCAACAAUGAUUUCGGGUUCUGUUUAUCCGAAUCUUUAUGAUCGGACUCGUCACAUGACAGUUCUUCAAAAGACAAGCAUUUACUUUCUAACAGUUAUAUCUUCAAUUUUAAUCAUCAUAACUCUUCCUUUUUCACUUUUAUUUUGUUUCAAGGUUGUUCAAGACUAUGAAAGAUCAGUUACUCUUCGUUUGGGCAAUUUAGUCGGUGAUGGAGCCAAAGGAUCAGGAAUUAUUUUUAUUAUACCUUGCAUCGAUACCUAUUGCAAGGUUGAUUUACGGACAGUUUCAUUCAACGUUCCACCUCAAGAGGUUUUGACCAAAGACUUGGUUUGUAUUAAGGUGGAUGCAGUUGUAUAUUAUCGUAUAGUUGAUUCAACAGCGUCAAUUCUUAAUGUAUCAGAUGUUGGACGAUCUACAAGACGUUUAGCCGCAAUCACUUUAAGGAAUGUUGUUGCAACCAAAACAUUGACCGAGAUAAUUUCAGAAAGGGUUAUUAUAUCAAGCAAGAUUGAAAAUAAUCUACAAGAAGCAACCAGACCAUGGGGAGUGGAUGUUGAAAGAGUUGAAAUGAAGGAAGUAAGACUGCCGGCUCAAUUGCAAAAGCUAAUGGCAACAGAAGCCGAAACGGAACGAGAAGCUUCAGCUAAAAUAAUCAUUGCCUCUGGAGAGCAAAAAUCGUCCAGAUUCAUUCGUGAUGCUGCAGCCACCAUUGAUAAAAGUGCUUAUGCAUUGCAACUCAAGUACCUUUUAACAAUUGAUUCUGUGGCCAGUGCUCACAAUAAAGAUCAAGAUAUAAUUGUUUUCCCAUUUCCAGCUGAAUUAGCCGAACUAGGGGCCAAAUUCAUUGCAAAAGGAUCGGAUAAAAUGCAUAAAAACAUUCUCAGAUAUUUUCAGCAUAAGAAUAAAGCUGCUCAACAUGUUGAUCCAGUCCAUGUUGACUUGGUUUAAGUCUUAAAUAACUUUAAACAUUUUUUAACCAAUUUCAAUUAUCAGUGAAUAAUUUGUAUAUUCUCGACAUUUCUCUCAAAUCAAAAGCUGUUAAAUCAAUUGUCGUAACAACUUCUUCUUUAAACGGCUUUCUUUAUUUUCAACAUUUUCAAUAUCUUAUUCAAUGACAGUCCAAUACUUGGUCAAGAACACUGAGUUUUAGUUUUUUUUGUGAUUAAAGUAAAUGACGAUUCCAAGGCAACUUAAUUCAAAAUUCACGUCCAAAAUCAUUAAAAUAUUGAAAUUAUCGACAUUUAAGUCAAUAAAUAUAAUAAUAAAAGAUUAAAAUGACA